AGAGAGAGAGAGAUGUCGCUCGUGGAUUACGCCUCUUCGGAAGAAGAAGAAGAGAUCGAUUUGCAGGAAAAAGGAGAAGAAAAGAGGAAGCAACAGAUGGAAUCGGCUGCUCCUUCGCUCUCCCCUCCGUCGACGCGCCCGCUGCCGCCUUUGAUCCCACUCCCCAAUCGCCAGAACCAGCAUGCUAGGUGCUCCUUGGAGAUAGGUGAAUUUCAUGCAACAAGGACCAAAGAGAAUGUACAAAAGAUCCCCAUAGCAGCAAAUCAACCUUCAAAUGUAGUCCCCCCCUUGCCGCCACCUUCAUUGGAAGGACUUCUAGAUGUAUCAGUUCUUUUUGCUACUCAAUCCUACCAAUCAAGCCAAACGGUUGGUACUGAUCACUCCUCUAGAGUUGCUGCUGCACUUGCAGAAACUGCAUCACGAAAGAGAGAAUCAGAUGGUUCCACCUUUCCUCAACCAUCUAGUAAGCAUUCCAGAGGACAAUUACGACGUCUAAGAAAUGUUCCCAACACAAAGGGUGGCUUGUUAGUUCCACCACAGCUCAGUGGGAGGAGCAAUGUGGUUACUGAAGAUAUAGGAAAGUUUUUUGUCAGCAAACUUACAGAGUCAUCUCGGUAACACGUGGACAUCAUUUUAUUCAUGAUCAUCCCUACACCUUGACCUGAGGAUCCUCUAGCAACAUAUUGUGAUGUGAGGCCAGCUUGAAUCUGAUCCUUCUGAGACUUCCUACUUGUAACUACGAUAACAACACGAUCUUUGCUUGUUUGUGCACCUUUGCCUUUUUGUUUAUGUGAUAUUACAAAAAAUAUUUAUCCAAGUAUAUACCGCUUAAUGAUUAGAUGAAGUGUAUAACAAGGAAGAAGUUUGG